AGCGCUGCGAUCGUUUUUGUUUUCCCGCCAAGCCGUCUGCACCCGGCCAAUAAUCCAAACUCAAGUUAUGAGGGUUCAAAAAAACGACGAAUGGAGCUUGGAGAAUAGGUAGGCAGUGCCCUUGCGCUUCGCUUUGCCCGUCUUAGUGGGGGCACUGCCGUGCCCCCAGAUUUUAUCCACGAGGGUGGCAAAGCGAUUUGAUGUAAGUUUUGCGUUGUUUCUGCGUAUAGGCUGAUAGAAUGAACUUUUAGUUAAAUGAUGAUUUUGAAUCAUAAAUAUUGAAUAGCAGUGAUUUGGAUUCGAUUUGUAAUGUUUUACAGCUAUUGCUUCCCUGCGUCGGUGUUUUGAUAUAACGAUCGAAAUGUUAUGGGGAUACUGACAGAUAGACAGACGGACAUGGUGAAACUACCUCUCUAGUUGACUACGGAAUACGUAACCCUAAAAAUGUAGAAAACAAAGGGAAAUAUAUAAUCUAAAUAACUGCGUCAGCCAGAAAAUACCACGGUCCGUUCUAUUUGUGUUCAAAUGUUUUUGGUAGAUUAUACAUACCUAUCUUAUGCAACUGCACUGCCCUAGACUAUGUACGAGGUACGUGUAAUGUCCCUGUGUGCGCAAAUGUACCACGAAGCUCCGAAAGCUCGUCGUUUUCCGGCGCGUCAGUACCCGCUACGUGGCAGGGCGGGCGGACGCGCCGGGCCCUAUCGUCGAUUUCUAGACGUUUGUUUAUUCAAUUAGUCAUCAUAAACAUACUCCUCUAUCAACAUAUACAACUUGACAAAACGAUCCCUAUCGAAACUGGUUAACUGUCAAGUUUUAAUUUAUGUAAUGUUAAUUGUUUUCCUUUGAUUAUCUCGGGCGACAAGGGGGAGGCGGAGGUGAACGGAUGUAAGCUGGGAGGGGGUAUUAUUCAAUUGGUGAAUUCAACGUAUAAUAAAAACAUAUAUAAGACAGGAACAGGUUCAUAGCCGUGUUAGCAUAAUGAUCAAGGUGAAGAUGAGCCCAUCGGCGCAGCUGGUGUUGUGCGGGUUGUUACUGGGCUGGUGGGCGCGCGCCGCGUUGGGCACAAUGCCGUACGUGGCGGGCACGGCGGCCCCCGCGCCGUGCCCGCGCGCGCCGUCCGACGCACAGCCGCAGGACGCGCGCUACGCGCUGCGCGUCGCUGGAGAACCGGAUUUGUUCUUGCCUGGAGAACUAUACACUGUAUCUCUGCUAGGCGUCGACAGCGGCACGGGACUGGCACCGUUCAUUGGCUUCACGAUGUGGUUGGAGCUCGAUGAAGACAAAGGCUCCGACGUCACGCAGUCGCCGACACAGGCAACCACCAACCACUCCUUGCUAGGAUCCUUCCAGGCGUACGAUGCCCAGACAAAACAGCAUGCAUUAUGUUUCCCCGCGGUGGACAAUGCUACUGCGCACCCCAAGACAGAGAUACAAGUAGUCUGGAGCGCGCCGUUGCGCGCCGUGGACCUGUGCCUGCGGUUGUGCGCGCGCGUCGAGCCGGCGAACGACAAGGGCGGGUGGUCGGUUCUCACGCGCAAGCUCUGUGCGGCUUACGCAGCGCCCGCCAGCUUCACGCGGCAACCACCGAUACUAGAACCUUGCUGUGCGUGCGAUGAGGCCAAAUACGAGGUAACCUUUGAAGGACUAUGGUCCCGCAAUACGCAUCCGCGCGAGUUUCCACCGGAGGGCGCGCGUGCGCACUUCAGCGACGUCAUCGGCGCCUCUCACACCGCUCAGUACCGCGUGUGGCAGGAGGGACGAGUUGCCAGCGCUGGACUCAGGCGACUGGCCGAAGACGGUGCCACUACGGCUUUGGAAAAAGAGCUGAAGGCUGAGAGUGACCAUAUCCGCACAAUAAUCAAAGCUCGCGGCAUAUCGUGGCAGCAGGUGGCCGGCACGGGAUCGCCCAGCACCUUCGCUGUAUUCCGAGUGGAUGCCAAGCACCACCUCGUAUCAUUGGCUGCUAAACUAGCGCCGUCCCCAGAUUGGAUAGUUGGUGUGUCUGCUCUGGAGCUCUGUAAUGCGAACUGUACCUGGAGCACAUCUGCUACGUUGUCACUUUAUCCAUAUGAUGCUGGUACUGACAGUGGCAUUGCCUAUACGUCACGGCGGCAACCGUCGGUGCCGGCGGCGCCGGUGCGAGCGCUACGGCCGGACUGGCCGCGCGACGCGCGCUCGCCCUUCUUCAGCACCACAGGCGAGAUGCGGCCCUACGCGCGCCUGCGGCUCAACCGACUCCGUCUCUAUGAGAAGAGUUGCGACGGCACUGGCGGACCGAGUCCGGAGCACAAAUCGGAGCUGGGCGCGUCUGGCGCGUGCACGACGCACACGUGGGGCGCGUGGUCGGCGUGCAGCGUUACGUGCGGGGAGGGCCGCGCGUCGCGCCAGCGGUACUACAUGUGGCCGGCGCGCGCGCGCAAGGAGGCGUGCCGCGCGCAGCUCACCGACCACCGCAAGUGCCGCGGCCCAAGGAUGCACUGCAGAGCAAUAAGCGACUACGAGCCGGACCCGGCGGAGUCAUCCGGGCCGUGCGCCGUGACUCCAUGGUCGGAGUGGUCCCCGUGCGAGGGCUGCGGUGUCCGCGCGCGCACGCGCCACUACGCCGCGCCGCGCGCGCACAAGCGCUGUCACGUCGGGUUCAAGGCGCGCACCAUACUCAGCCAGGCGCUGCCCUGUGAUGCUGGCCCUUGUCACAGACCUCCUACAAAAGACGGUUCGAACUCAUCAACAAUUUCGAAUUUCGACUGGUUCUUUAUGGACGUCGGCACAGAGGCCUGCAAGGUGACGGCGUGGGGCGACUGGUCGCCGUGCUCGGCGCGCUGCGGGCGCGGGCGGCGGCUGCGCGCGCGACUGUACCUGGCGCGCGACGGUCGCGUGCAGCGCGAGGUCUCGCGCCGGCUGCUCGCCUCCUGGAAUCAGCGCUUCGCGGAGUUGCAGCAUCUGGAUAUUCCAACGGAGAACACUACCUUAGAUGAUCCUGAACUGGAGAAGGAGGUUCAGGAGCAGAUGGACCGCUGUCAAUUUACUAUGUCGCAGCAGGAGGCGUUGUGCGAUGGCGAGGAUACUGGUUGUCUCGACUCUAUUUCGAAAGAAACGUGCAUGCUGCCGGUGUCGGUGGGCCACUGCCGCAGCUACAAGGAGCGCUGGUUUUUCGAAGCGGUCAGCGGGCGCUGCGAACCGUUCGGGUACUCCGGCUGUGGCGGCAACGGCAACAACUUCCCUACGCAUAGGGAAUGCCUCAAACGCUGCGGACAAGCUAACAAUGUUACAGCGCCCACAACUACUGAAACGAGUGUGAAGAGACUGAAGUCGACUCAAUCGAGUGUGGACAACGAGGUGAUUCAAAACGAUGCGCCUGUUCAAGAGGACGUGAAUUGUGAAGUGGGCGCCUGGCUCGGCUGGGGUAGUUGCUUCGGAGACUGUGAGCACGCGCUCAAGCUCAACUACAGACUUAUGCAGACGGCUGUCUCUGGUGCCGGCAAACCGUGCCCCAGCUUGGUGAAGAGUCGCCCUUGUAAGUUGAGCCAGUGUCGCAAAACUACUUCCUUGCCUGCCACCGAGUCCCCUGGGGACGAAGGCUCAAGCAACCAUGGCGAAAAUAAUGGAUAAAUGGCGUUAUUCAUAAAAGUCAUGCUGCUUAUCCCUCAUUUUGACGUAUUGGUUUGUUAGAGUUAAGUUCCUAACAUGUCUGAUCUCCUUAUUUGAUACGGAUAAUAGCCAAAGAUUAUGAUAGCAAAAAGUAGUUACUAUAUUCUUGACAAGAUUUAGGUAACUACUGCAUAUGCAAAAUUAUGUUCUUUACCAAACAAUUAAGUCCUAAAAGUAAAUUAGUUAAGUACCUAUUAUAUUCAAAACCAGAAGUAAAUUGAAAAAAAAAGUAUCUACGCAUAGGCACCUUGAUAAACUUUUGUCAUAAAUUAAUAGGUACCUAAGCAUGCUCUUGUAAAACAUGUAUCAAUCCAUUAGGUACAAUAAAUGUCAUAAAAAAACUAAGCAUUAAACAAUGUACUGGAUCGUGA